AGGUUCUUCUUCCCUAACUGCCGAUUGCUCAAGUAAGAGUUGUCUUCAAUGGCCACCCAGCAGAAAUCUACGAGCUUUUCCCUUAUGGGGAGUCUGGCUGCCAGCUGCCUUGUUCUCAUCGCCCUGUCGGUGCAGGGAGGAGCAGCUGUGCCCAUCAGGUCUUACUGCAGCCUUGAUGCGUACGACUUCCGGCAGCCCUAUAUCACCAACUAUACCUUCAUGCUGGCCAAGGAGGCUAGCUUGGCAGAUAACAACACAGACGUCCGUCUCAUUGGAAAGAAACUGUUCCAUGGAGUCAAUAUGAGUGAGCACUGCUAUCUGAUGAAGCAGGUGCUGAACUUCACCCUUGAAGAAGUGCUGCUCCCCCAGUCUGAUAAAUUCCAGCCCUAUAUGCAGGAGGUGGUGGGCUUCCUGACUAGGCUCAGCAACAAGCUUAGCCGAUGUCAUAUUGAAAGUGAUGGCCAGCAUAUCCACAGAAAUGUGCAGGAGCUGAAAGACACAGUGAAAGAGCUUGGAGAGAGUGGAGAGAUCAAAGCAAUUGGAGAACUAGAUUUGCUGUUCAUGAACCUGAGAAAUUCCUGCAUUUGAUCACAGCAAAGCUGGAAAAUGGAUAACCCUUCUUGCCUGUUGGAAA